AUGUUUUUAGUUUUAAAAAUUAAUAAAUAAUAAAAGUUUGAUAAUAAAAAAUAUAAUAAUAUGAACCAAAAGUUAGAAGAAUCAAGUAAAUAAAACAUGAAAUUUUCUAGCAAGUUUUUCUAAUAAAUGCCUGUUGAUUAGAAUAAAUCACUAAAAGAAACUACAGAUAUACCAUUUUAUAUUUCUUGUUUAAGAUAAAGAUUUGGAAUAGAUUAAAAUAAACCUCAUUAGGCACAUAAUGGAGAUAUUUAAAUAUCAUAUUAAACCAUUCUAGAUGAAAUGAACUAAUCAUUUAAAGAAGUUAAUAAUAAUAACUUAGUAUUAAAUAAGACCUUUUAACCCUUAACAUAAAGCACCUAACUAAAAGACGAACAUGUGAACUGUUAGCCACAAUCAAAAUAUAGCCUGUUUGAGUAAGAGUGUAGAAAAGUAUAACCAUUUGAAGAUUAAAAAAAUGAAAGUUCUUUUAACUAAGAUAUUGCUAAUUAAUAGCAUAAACUUUAGAGUUAAGAAAAAGAAUGCAGCGAUAUUUUUGAACAAACUCAAUAAGUUUCUUUAGAUUCUAAAAUAAUUGCUCCAUUGAGCGAAUUUAAAAAAUCAUCCACUAAUACAGAAUAAAAAUCUAAUUACCCAUAUAAACGCAGUUAAACACUAAUUUAAGAUGAAAUCAUCUAUGAAAAAAACCUAAAAAAGCUUGGCACGAAGGUAAAUACUAUGUUGAAAAGUUAAUAUUAAAACUAAAAAGAGUUUAAUUUUGAGCAAAAAUAUAAGUAGAAUUUCGAAAAUGGAAGAAAUAUAAUAAGUAGACUUUUAAAUAAUUCAAUGAAUAAGAUUAUGAGAAUAAGAUAAAAUGUCUAAAAUUUUGUUGAAAUACUAAAAAUAAGGCAUUCUAAUAGAAGAUUGUGCGAUCUAAGCGAAAAAGAAUACUAAAUUGUAAACGAUUUAUCAUAUUUUUAUAGUUAGAAAAAAAUAAAAAAUGGACAAAUCUUAAAAGUUUUCGUCUUUUUACUAAGAAUUUUAAAAUAUUCUAAAUAAAUUGCUAUAUUUAUGCCAACAGAUACUUUUAGAGUUACUUGGGAUGUGGUUCAAGUUGCUUUUACCUACAUAUUUUUUUACUUCUAUUCAAUAAUAAUAUUUUUUGAUGAAGAAAGUAUAUAAACUGGCUUUACUCAAAAAAUUAGUUUUUAUGCCUUUAUUAUUUUUUUGUUUGAUAUAUUAAUUAGUUUAAAUACAGCAUAUUUUGAUAAGGAUGCAAUUAUUACCUAGCGCAAAUUAAUUGCUAAGUAAUAUUUUUUAUCCUCAAUAUUUAUCACAGAUUUAAUAAGUAUGCUAGUACUUGCAUCAAAAAUUAUUUAUUCAAAUUCCUUAAUCAGCAAUAACAUCAAUCAUAAUUUAUUUAUCUUUGUACUUAAUUUGCUCAUUUUCUUGAAAGCAAACGGAAUUUCUCAUAAAAAGAAAAGAUUUGAUUAUAUUUUUACUUUAACAGAAAAUCAAAAGCAUGUUGGUAAACUUAUAAAUUAAUUAGCGAGUGUGAUAACAGUUGCCCAUAUAGCUUCAAUUGGAUGGUAUUUUUUAGGAACCUAAGAAUAAAAUAAUGUUGAUUACAUAAAUUGGCUAGAUAAAAUUGGUAUUUCUUCAUAUCCAUAUUAUCAAAAGUAUAUUUACUCUCUUUAUUGGUCUAUCACAACUAUGACUACAGUUGGAUAUGGAGAUAUUUCAGCAUAAAAUCCGAUAGAAGCGCUUUACAUAACUAUUGCUAUGAUUUUGUUUAGUUGCGUAUUUGCCUAUUCUAUAAAUAACAUAGGUUUUAUCCUUUAAGAAAUCGAAAGGUCUUCAAAAUAACUUAAUGACGACUUAACUACUAUCUAAAGAUAUCUAAAAAGAAAAGAAGUAAACAUACAACUUAAAAGUAGAGUGAGGCAUUAUUUAUCGUUUUUGGCAUAAGAAUAAAAAGACAGAGAUAAAUAGUAAGAAGAUAAAAUACUCUCAUCACUUUCUAAUAAACUUAGAGAUGAAAUUACAUAAGAAAUAAACUCAAAAAUUUUAAAUAGCUACUUUAUAUUUAGUUCUAAUUUCUCUCAAUCAACUAUAAAUAAGUUGGUAUAUAUCAUGAAAGAAAUUUUGGUAAAUCCAAAUGAAAUUAUUAUUUGUGAAGACAAGUGUGAUGAUUCUUCAAUAUUUUUUAUUCAGAAUGGUAUUAUUGAGAUCUUCUAACAAAAAAUAUAAAAGUCAAAUAGUGUGAAUGUUAUAAAAACUUUAAAAGAAGGCCAAGUUUUUGGUGAGAUUUCUUUCUUUUCUGGUCUUUAAAGGUAGGCAUCAGCUAGAAGUGUCAAUUUAUCGACUCUCUAUAAAAUUAACAGAGAAGAGUUUAUUGAAAUAUUAAGAGAAAACCCUGAAGAUUUUGAAAGAUUUAAAAUGAUGUAAGAUUAAAUAAUAUUUUAAAAGGAAGUAUCUAUUACUCAUUCAGAAUGCUAUAAUUGUAAGAACACUAGUCAUUUAGUAAAGGAUUGCCCUAGGACUCACAAAUAUUUUGAUAAGCAGUUUAUUAUUCUCAAAUAAAAAUUUUCAAUCUUUCAAGAAAGAGUAUUUUAAUAAAGAAUUUAUUUUAAAAACAAGAUAAAAUUCAAAAAUUAAUAUAGGAAAAAUUAAGAAGUUAUUUAGAAAUUAAAAUAUAACUUACUUUAAGAAAAUGAUGAAAAAUAUUUAAUGUUUACUCAAGACGAAAACAUAUUAACUGAGUGUACAUCAUCGCAAUAUGAAAAUGAUGAAGAUGAUGAAGAAUAUGAUAACGAUUGCAAGAAUGAAGAAUUGUCCUAAAUUUAAAUUCCUUAAAUAUUUGAUGAAAAAACAAACGAAAUAACUUAAAGUAUUCAAAAAAAACCUUAGCAAUAUGAUAAAAUAGAAAAAUAAGUAAAAAGCAUAAAUAAUGUAAAUUCAGGUAUAAUUAAUACUGAAGAAAUUGAGUAAAUAGCAAAUUUAGAAAAUUAAAUUUAAAGUUUUCAUACUAAUUUAGUAUAUGAAAAUUAAGAAUUUACAAAAACAUUCUCAAAUUCUUUCAAUUCAUAAGCUAAAGUGAGAUCUUUUGAAGCUACUGAUUUUAUUGAUACAUGUAAUGUUCAAGAAAAUAUUAAUAUGAUAUCAUAAAAAUCUUAAAAUAAGGUUUUUUAUAAAAGGGAUACUGCGACCGAAAUACAAUAAUAGUGUUUAGUAAAUUAAGAUGAUGAAGACGAUAGAUCAACUUAAAAUAAUUCUAAAAAGUUUGAUAAAUAGAAGCAAGCUCAGGCAAACAUAAAUGUGCAGUUAACAGAUUAUUUAAAAAGUCAAAUGAGAUAAGGACCUUGCUAUAGCAAUUUAAAUAAUUAAAUUUAAAAAUAAUUCACAAACUAAUCAGUUGAUGAUCAUUCUUAAAGCUAAUAUUAAGAUAAUUAAGUUUAAAAAACAAAUAAAAAAGAAUACAUUUAAAGAAAAUCAAAACAUAAUAGGCUAACUAAAGUUAAAAAGGAAUCUAUUAAAAACAAUUAAUAAACAAACUAAAGCCAAAAAGAAUUUAGGUGCUCAGUUGAGUAAAUGUUGCUAUAAAAUAUUAUUUCAAUGACUUUAAUGCAAGAUAAAAGAUCAUCUUUGCUACAACAGAAGAUCUAUGAAGUUAGUUAAGAUAAAGUAGGGUGUAUUAAUUCACUUAAUGGUCAUUCAUUUGAAAAUAUAGAAAAAAAGUCUAUUUAGUAAAUCAGUAAUAAAAGUUCAAAACUCCAUUAAAGAGAUUCAUCAUAAAAUAUAUAAUAAAAGUAAUAAUAAUAAAUGAAUUAAGUUAAUACUAAUACAAAUGAAAAUUAAUAGUUGAUAGAAAGGUUUUCUAAAUUAAUUUAUGAAAGCUAAUUACCUCUUUUACUUCAAAUGACAACAGGUAAAAGCUUUUUAUAAGAUUCUUAAUUCAUUUAAUAAAAUUCAAUGGACUAUUUUGAUAGGAUGUAAAAUUUUAAGAAAUUUUAUCCAAAAAAUAAUUUCGAUUAAGUACUGAACAAUAUAAAAACUUUGCAAUAAGAAUAAAAGAAACAAAAAAAAAAAAAAUUAGCGACAAAAGAACGCCGCUAAAAUAUUUGUUUAGGAAAUGAAGUAAAAAUAUCUAUUUUUUAAGGAAACAAUACUAACUUUAUUAGACUAAUUAAAUAAGAUUAUGAUAUAAAUUAAUACAAACCAACUUAUCUUUCUUAUGGAACUAAAAUGUAAAAAGGAGUUAACUUCCCUAUAAAUAUUAUUUAUAAAAACUAUAAUUGA